AUGUCGUUAUCAACCUUGAAAGUAGCGAUCCUGAUCGUCUCGACGACAGCAGCCAAGGAUCCCAGCACGGACGCAUCCGAGGCAACUCUUAAGGACGUCUUGGAGCAGGAGGGUGGCGGCAAGUGGGAAGCAGUCGACACCAAGAUCGUGCCGGAUGAUGUGGCUCAGAUCCAGCGCCAGAUCAUGCUGUGGGCCGACGGAGCGGCGGAGCAGGUCAACCUGAUCCUAACGACUGGCGGUACCGGGUUCGCAACAGCAGACCACACGCCGGAGGCUGUUACGGCUGUGCUACACAAGCAAGCUCCUGGUUUGGUUCACGGCAUGCUGGCAGCGUCCUUGAGUGUCACUCCGUUUGCCAUGAUGUCCCGACCCGUCGCCGGUGUGCGGAACAAAUCUGUCAUAAUCACUCUACCGGGUUCUCCAAAAGGAGCCAAAGAAAACCUGCAAGCUGUCCUGAAGACUUUACCACAUGCCUGUCUCCAAGCAGCCGGCUCGGACUCGAGGAGCUUGCACGCGGGCGGUCUCAAGAAGCUAGAGGCUGAUGCUGGUAUCGGCCCUUCGAAAGGAGGUCACUCCCACUCCCAUGACCACAGCCAUCACCAUUCACAUGGGCAUUCACACGGACAUGAUCACUCUCACUCUCACAGCCAUGGCCAUAGUCAUGGCCAUGGAGGGCUCGUUAGACACACUGCACCCGGCGCCAACCCAAUGUCGAAUGAUCCCAGUCUGGGACCAAGCAGAAGGAACAGAGAAUCGCCAUAUCCUAUGCUGUCGGUUGACGAGGCUCUGGCCCAAAUCAAGCAGCAUACUCCCCCAUCAGAAGUUGUCACGUCAAAGGUUGACAGAACUUUACCGGGUUCGGUCCUCGCCGAAGAUGUCAAGGCUAGGGCGAAUGUGCCAGCUUUCAGGGCGAGCAUCGUUGAUGGGUAUGCCGUCGUGGUGCCUAAAGACGGCAAUAUGAAGGGCGUGUUUCCAGUGGUCUCGGUAUCGCACGCUGCGCCCGGUGAAGCGAAAGCCCUCAAGGAGGGCGAGAUCGCCAGGAUCACCACUGGGGCUCCAUUGCCCCCCGGCGCUACUUCCGUUAUCAUGGUUGAGGACACUAUACUAAAGACUAUGACGGACGACGGCAAAGAAGAAAAGGAGAUCGAGAUCCUGGCAGAAGAUGUCAAGGAAGGGGAGAACAUCCGCGAGGUCGGAAGCGACAUCAAGAUCGACUCCUUGAUUCUCAGCCAAGGCGAGCAGGUAUCCGCCGUAGGGGGCGAAAUUGGCCUGCUGGCGGCGGUAGGUGUAUCUGAAGUGAAGACACAUCGCAAGCCUGUCAUUGGUGUACUAUCCACCGGUGAUGAGAUUGUCGAACACGACCGGCCCGGCGACCUGCGUCUGGGUGAAGUCCGAGACACCAACCGUAUCACCCUCAUGUCCGCAGCAGAAGAUCAGGGUUUCUCGGUGGUCGACCUGGGUAUUGCGUCUGACAAGCCCGGCACCCUGGAACAGACGUUACGCGAUGCUCUCCGGCGCGUGGACCUCGUCAUCACCACCGGCGGCGUGUCGAUGGGCGAACUCGACUUGCUCAAGCCGACGAUCGAGCGCUCGCUGGGGGGCACGAUCCACUUCGGCCGCGUGGCCAUGAAGCCGGGCAAGCCGACCACCUUCGCGACGGUCCCCGUGAAGAACAACGACGGACAGAGGGUCAACAAAGUCAUCUUCUCGCUGCCGGGAAACCCGGCCUCGGCCAUCGUGACCUUCCACCUCUUCGUCCUGCCCUCGCUGCACCAGAUGUCUGGCGUCGAGCCUGCGGGGCUUACCAAGGUCCCCGUCACGCUGGCGCAUGACUUUGGGCUCGACAAGAAGAGACCAGAGUAUCACCGUGCGAUCGUGACGGUGGGCAAGGACGGUGUGCUGAGCGCCUCGAGUACGGGUGGGCAGAGAAGCUCCAAGGUCGGCAGUCUACGGGGCGCGAACGCCUUGUUGUGCAUGCCGGCAGGCGAGGGACCGCUCAAGAAGGGGGAGAAGGUGGAUGCAUUGCUGAUGGGAGGUGUAAGGAGCGCUAUGUAG